AUGUUGGACAACGAGAGUUGGAGAGCGGGUGCUUUUGGCGUCAGGCCUGUCCGCAUUGCUAAUUGCUCCGGCUAUCACGGCGAUCCGGCCGGAGAAAUGUUGAAACAGGCCACUCUGGGCGAUGUCGACUUUAUCACGGGUGACUAUCUUGCAGAGGUUAACAUGGCCAACAACGCCGAGGCGUACGCCGAGGGAAAACACGCUGGAUACGAAGAGACAGCAUGGAACGGCUUGCAGCAGACUAUCGAUGUCAUUGCCCAAAAGCGCAUCAAAGUUUGUAUCAACGGAGGCGCCCUCAAUCCCUCAGGUCUUGCCGUAAAAGUGGCUGCCUUGGUUGAGGAGAAAAGACACGAUUUGAAGGUUGCUUACGUCUCCGGAGACAACGUCUUACCGAAACUCGGAAAGUACAUGCCCCAGCAAAGGGACCAAGCACUGCCUCACUUAGAUUCCGAAAACAAUCAUGUCACCCUUUCAGACGAGUCCUUUCUUUUUGCCCAAGAAAACGACGAUCCCCGCGAAAUCGUGUCUGCGAACGCGUACCUGGGCGCCCAUACCAUCUUUGAGGCUUUGAAGGAAGGAGCCGACAUUGUCAUUUGUGGUCGGGCCUCUGACGCAAGCCCUGUUAUUGCUUGUGCGUGGUAUUGGUGGUCUUGGAACAUCACCGACUACGAUGAAUUGGCAGGUGCUUUGGUUGCUGGUCACUUGAUUGAGUGUUCGGCAUAUGUCACCGGCGGCAACUUUGCAGGUUUUGAUGCGUUUGAUCUCGACUGCUUUGUUGACCCUGGGUUUCCAAUUGCCGAGAUUUCACAGGACGGCCAUUGUGUCAUCACAAAACACCAGGAGACUGGCGGUAUGGUGACAGUUGAUACCUGCAGAUGCCAGUUGCUCUAUGAGCUUCAGGGAAAUGCCUAUCUCAAUAGUGACGUGAAGGCCUAUUUGGAUGGUGUUGUCAUGGAACAAGUUGAGGAAGACAGAGUUCAAGUUUCCGGUAUUCGCGGCGCACCUCCACCAUCUACAACCAAAUUGGCAGUCUUUUACAAGGGCGGUUAUGAGCUGCAAGCGACUUUCAACGCCACAGGUUAUGCCUACGACAAGAAAUUCGCCCUUUUCGAGAAGCAAAUACGAUUUCUCUUGGGGGAGGAGAAGUUGAAGAGUUUCGACAUUUUGGAGUUCCAACAGAUUGGUGCUCCGGCUUACAACCCGGCUAAUCAGAACAGCAGCACUGUCUACAUUCGUGUUUUCGCUCAGUCAACCAAGGUCGAGGCUUUGCGAGCCAUCAAUCUCGCAGUUCGCGAUAUUUCUUUGAAACAUUACUCCGGGUUCCACACCUCUUUGGACGUUCGUGCUGCGGCACCUCGUCCUUACCUCGCAUACUACCCUGCUCUGUGGCACCAAAAGGAUCUCAAGGAGCACUUCCAUUUUGUGGACUCCGACGGCACAACGAAGACCUUCCAAGCAACGCCACCUCCGAAGUUCGAGAGCCUUGGAGAGCGUGAUUCUUAUGAUACAAAGUCUCCAGUUGAAUUCGAGAGUCCGGUCCGGAAAGUUCGUCUUGGGGACAUUGCUCUGGGCCGGUCUGGCGACAAGGGCGCAAACCUGAACUUUGGACUUUUUGUCCACACGCAGGCCGAGUGGGACUGGCUGCGGUCGUACAUGUCUCGUGCCAGAGUCCAGGAACUCUUAGGGGGAGACUGGCGAUCCGAGUUUUCCAUUGAGCGUGUUGAGUUUCCUCAGAUAUUUGCAGUGCACUUUGUUGUUUACGGAAUCCUUGGACGUGGAGUGAGCAGCUCCAAACGUCUGGACGGGUUUGGAAAGGGAUUCAUUGACUACUUCCGAGACAAGGAGGUAGAUGUUCCAAUCUCCAUUUUGGAAUCUUGA